AUGCCGGCGACUGAACCCACUCCCCGAACGUGGACACUCCGUUUCAAGCACCAUCGAACAACGCUUCUGGUCGAAGUCGAUCCUCUACAGCACCUAUCUGAAGUCCGUGCCGAGCUUCUCCAAGCCUUGGAUGAGACCAAUCCAUCAGGCGAACUCAAUGGCCAGCAAAUCCCAAAGAACCCAGACCAAAUCCAACUUGGUCGAGCUGUCGACCGCAACAACUUGAAUCUGGGCUACGUGACGAUCGAGAAGGACGAGGAGGGCUCGGAGGCCAGUGGAAAAGGAAGGGGCAAGAGCACUGCCGGAAGUGGCACGAAGUCGUCGGCGGCUCAGAUGAAGGAGUGUCCACAAGGCGCCGGUUUGAGGAAUGCAGAUGUUGUUGCAUUCAAGUUCAAGAACGGAGAUCAAGAUGGUGGAGAGGGUGUUGAAGGAGCAGAGAAGUGGGACGUCAAGAUUCCAACUAUGGAGGAGACGUACGGCGAUGAAGAUGGGCAGCAAGACGAAGGCAUUGGAUUGGAUGAAGGCUGA